GGAACCUUCAAAAAUGGAUAAAUGGGAAAGCAAUGAGGAAAUUAAAAUUUUCCGGGAAUACUUGCGAAUCCCAUCUGUACAUCCUGAUAUAGAUUACACUGCUUGUGUGGAAUUCCUGAAACGACAAGCUGACUCCUUGAAUCUCCCCGUUGAAGUGGUUUAUCCCGUGGAGAAGAAACCAGUGGUGAUCAUCAAAUGGCUGGGCAGCCAGUCGGAACUCUCCUCCAUCAUACUAAACUCGCACAUGGAUGUGGUUCCUGUGUUUCCUGACCAGUGGACCCACGAACCCUUUAGCGCGGAUAUAGAUUCCGAGGGCAGGAUAUUUGCCAGAGGUACCCAGGACAUGAAGUCCGUAGGGACGCAGUACCUGGCAGCUAUAAGACUUCUGAAGUCGAAGGGCUUCCGACCCAAGAGGACGGUUUACGUGACCUUCGUUCCCGAUGAAGAGAUCGGAGGUCGUCAGGGAAUGGCAGAGUUUGUGAAAACGGAGUACUAUCGCAAAAUGAACGUGGGCUUCAGUUUGGACGAAGGUGGCACCAGCGACUCUGAUGUGCACCAUCUCUUCUACGCCGAACGUCUGUUGUGGGGUAUCAGAUUGAAGUUCAACGGAACCUCCGGCCAUGGCUCCCUGUUGUUACCGAACACAGCUGGCGAGAAGCUAAACUAUGUUGUGAAUAAAUUCACAGAAUUCCGCACCUCCCAGCUGGAUAUUUUGGCCAAGGAGCCAAGCCUAACCUUAGGGGACGUUACCACUGUGAACCUCACCCAGAUAAGCGGAGGAGUCCAGAGCAACGUGGUGCCUCCUCACUUUGAGGCGGUCUUCGAUAUGCGUCUGUCCAUCACCCUGGAUGUGGUUACUUUUGAGAAGCAAAUCCGCGGGUGGUGCGAAGAGGCUGGAGGUGGCAUUGAGAUAGACUUCUAUAGGAAGGAGCCUGUGGUGGCAGCCACAAAAAUGGACUCUUCGAAUCCCUAUUGGGUGGCCCUCAAAGCCUCCUUCGACGAACUGAAUUUGAAAGUUCAACCUAUUGUGUGUUAUGGUGCCACGGACAGUCGCUUCAUCCGCGGGCAGGGCACUCCAGCUUUUGGAUUCUCUCCAAUUAUUAAUACCCCUGUACGUCUUCAUGAUCACGAUGAAUUCGUGUACGCCGAUGCCUACUUGAAAGGCAUUGAAGUCUACGAAAAUAUAAUCCGAAAGCUGGUAGAAAUUUAAGAUUACAAAUCUCAAGAUUGAAAUAAAAACGGCACCUUAUCUUAUCU